UUCUUUACACCCAAAAUCAGCCGAUUCAGCCCCCCUUUUGUUUUUACAAGGCGAAUGAUAGACCCCUCCCCCCAACACCCCUCGCCCCACGCUACUUACUAGGCUCUGAUCCAAUCCCGCACUUUAACUGUUUUCCAACCGUUGCCGUCGGAUUCCUAUACCGGAGAUCCCUACCCUCCAAUCUUUCUCUCACCAUGUUGGUCUCGUUCGAGCCGCUUUUCGGCCUUGCCGACUUUCACUUCGCUCCGAGAUGUUCUUCUUUCGUGCGUCGUAGAUGAAUCGUCAUCUGUCGAUUUGGGCUUUGUACGGAUUUUGAUAAGUGUUUCGGGUUUUGCUUUUUUAAUUGAUUCGUUCGACGGAUUUCGGUCUCGAGAUUUGAGGGGCUGGAAGCGUCUGAGGCUAUCUUUUACUUUCUCCAUCUUCUCCAGCGGGAGAGGAAGAAUUAUUGUUUCCUAAAGAAGUAAAAACAGUAGAUAAUUUUGUUUCCCAGGCGAUAUCGUGGAGUUCUGGUAGCGAUGGAGGAUCGAAACGUCUCCAGAGUGCGUCCCGGAAUGUCUGAGGUGGUUAUCGGCUGCGUGAUGCCGUAUAUUCACGACCCCAAGGACCGGGAUGCGGUUUCCCUGGUGUGCCGGCGCUGGUACGAGCUUGACGCGCUGACGCGGAAGCACGUGACGAUCGCUCUAUGCUACACGGCGAGCCCCGAUCGAUUGCGCCGGAGGUUUCGGCACCUGGAAUCGCUGAAGCUGAAGGGGAAGCCGAGGGCCGCGAUGUUCAAUCUGAUACCCGAAGAUUGGGGAGGUUACGUCACUCCCUGGAUGAACGAGAUCGCCGAGUCUUUCAAUUGCUUAAAGUCGCUUCACUUCCGGCGAAUGAUUGUGAGGGACUCCGAUCUCGAGCUUCUUGCUCAGUCUCGCGGGCGCGUUCUUCAGGCGCUCAAGCUGGAUAAAUGUUCUGGCUUUUCUACGGAUGGUCUUCUGCAUAUCGGUCGGUCCUGCAGGAGUUUAAAAACUUUGUUUAUGGAGGAGAGCUCAAUAAGUAAUCGUGGUGGUGAAUGGCUACAUGAGCUUGCUGUGAACAACAUGGUUCUUGAAACUUUGAACUUUUAUAUGACGGAUCUUGUAGUCAGCUUUGAAGACCUUGAACUCAUAGCCAGAAAUUGUCGUUCUUUAGUUUCCGUUAAAGUUAGUGAUUGUGAAAUCUUGGGCCUCCUGCGUUUCUUUUGUGCUGCCCCUGCUUUAGAAGAAUUUUGUGGGGGUUCCUUCAAUGAGCAGCCAGACAAUUACUCAUGUGUAUCAUUACCCCCAAAGUUGUGCCGUUUGGGGCUAACAUACAUGGGGAAGAUUGAAAUGCCAAUUGUAUUCCCCUGUGCGCCCCUACUCAAAAAAUUGGAUCUCCUAUAUGCACUGCUUGACACAGAGGACCAUUGUAUGUUAAUCCAAAGGAGCCCCAACUUAGAAAUUCUUGAGACAAGGGAUGUUAUUGGAGAUAGAGGAUUGGAAGUUCUUGCUCGGAGUUGUAAGAGACUAAAGAGGCUUAGAAUUGAGCGAGGUGCUGAUGAGCAGGGCAUGGAGGAUGAAGAAGGUGUAGUUUCACAGAGAGGUUUGAUUGCUUUGGCUCAGGGCUGCCUAGAACUGGAAUACUUGGCUGUUUAUGUUACUGAUAUCACAAAUGCUUCUUUGGAGUAUAUCGGUAAAUACUCUAAAAAUCUCUGUGAUUUCCGCCUAGUCUUGCUUGACCGAGAAGAGAGUAUAACGGAUUUGCCUCUGGACAAUGGGGUUCGAGAUCUGUUGAGGGGAUGUGAAAAGCUAAAAAGGUUUGCAUUGUAUCUCCGACCUGGGGGCUUGACUGAUGUGGGUCUCAGUUAUGUUGGGCAAUACAGCAAAAAUAUAAGAUGGAUGCUUCUAGGUUAUGUUGGGGAGUCUGAUACGGGGCUUCUGGAUUUUUCUAGAGGCUGUCCCAGCUUGCAAAAGUUAGAAAUGAGGGGCUGCUGCUUCAGUGAGCGUGCACUGGCUGCUGCUGUAUUGCAGCUGACUUCUCUGAGGUACCUAUGGGUGCAAGGAUAUAAAGCCACCUCUGCAACGGGUUGUGACCUUCUGGCAAUGGCUCGCCCAUUCUGGAAUAUUGAAUUAAUUCCUUCUAGACGAGUUGUUGUCGCGGAUCAACUUGAGGGGGCUGUUCUGGUUGAGCAUCCCGCCCAUAUACUUGCAUAUUACUCCCUUGCUGGACCAAGAACAGAUUUUCCAGAUACUGUCAUUCCUUUGGAUCCAGAGGAAUCCUUGGUUACUUAGAUCUGUAUAUACCUCUUCUAUCUAUUAAGGAGUUUUUUUCCUUGUCAUGUCUUGUUCAUAAAUUUUUUUUCCCUUUGGUAAGAGGUUUUCGAUUUUAAUUUAAUCUUUUUCUGCCCUAGUUCUAGACAUUAGUCCUGUAAUAAAGUUGGGGUUUUCUUUUGUAAUUUGGAAGCACUUGCAUCCUUGGUGUUACCGUCUCACUUCAUCACUUGGGGAACAGUUUGGCCUAGACUUCGACAUUUUGGUGACUUGUAUUAAUAUCCCGAGUCAAUCUUUUUGGAAAUCAUUGUUGUUUUCUCGGUAUGAUGUUGGGACGUUUCAAGUUUGUGAAUAAAAAGAAAGUUAAGUGUGGUUUUACUAGCCA